AUGAACUGGAAGGUCCUGAAGCAUGUAUCCCUGCUGCUGUACAUCCUAGUGGCCAAGGCCCUCAUCCUCUGUCUGGCCUUCACGGGUGUCAAGAUCUACCAGCAGAGAAGGCUGGACGCCAAGCAGCAAAGCCUGGGGCCCGCCCAGAAGCAGCUGGCUGAGAGAGGAAAGAUGACUGAACGGCAGUGUGGGGAUCUGGCCAUUGAAAUAUCAACAUGGGUAGAUGAACCCCAGCAGAGCAGGAAGAGGAGAGAGACUUAA